AGGGCGGCUAAGAUAAUUUUAUUUUAUAAAAGGAGCUGACAAAGCAAGAGGAAGAGACGAAGGAAAAAUAGAAAGACAGUGAAGAGAAGAUGAUUGAGGUGGUGUUGAACGAUCGCCUGGGGAAGAAGGUGCGCGUGAAGUGCAACGAUGACGACACCAUUGGCGACUUGAAGAAGCUGGUGGCCGCUCAAACCGGUACUCGAGCUGAUAAGAUUCGGAUUCAGAAGUGGUAUACCAUCUACAAGGACCACAUCACGCUUAAGGACUAUGAGAUCCAUGAUGGCAUGGGCCUUGAGCUCUACUACAGCUAAACCUGUAAUUGAUGAUAUAAUAAGCAAGGCAUGUUGGAAGUGGGAAGGACAACUUUGCUAGUAAUGUCUUGUUAAAUAAUAUUAGCAGGGCCAACUUUAUAAUUAAUGUCUUGUAUGAUGGCUCAUAUUAUACUCCUGAAAACUUGUAAUAGCUUGUUCACGUUGUUUUAUGUGGAUGGUUCUUUUCUGUAUUAAUCUGUUUUCAUUGGUAUGUGGAUCUUUCUUCAAUCUGUAUUUGGGAUUUUGAAGUAGUAUGGGUGCUUUAUGUGGUA